CUGGCAAAUAUUGACUGGGCUCACUCUGAUUUCCAAAUGCUGUUUUCUCAGCAAGUAGAAGAAAAUGCAGAGCUGAAGCCCGGGCAGACUCUUUGGAAUAGUCCUAACUAGGACCCUUGGAUAUGGAGACUCCUCAUACGUGGGUACUAGUGGCUGGGAUUCUGGCCGUUGUUCGCUGUCAGCCUCUUCCUGGCUAUGAGGGAAGUAAUAAGACAGAGAUCUACUUACAGGAUGAAACCCGCUCAGAAACAUCCCUGCCGUGCCAUAAAAUCUCCACCAGCAAUACCAUGUUUGCCCUGCGUUUAUACAAGGAAUUGACUUCGGCGGCCCCGAGCGAAAACAUUUUCUUCUCUCCCGUGAGCAUUUCCAUGGCUCUAGCCAUGUUGUCCCUUGGGACACAAGCCACAGUUCGGACUCAGAUCCUAGAGGGAUUGGGCUUCAACCUCACCGAGAUCCCCGAGUCUGAGAUCUACAAGAGUUUCCAGCAUCUCGUCCAUAAGUUGAACCUGAGCAGCAAAAAACAUGAACUGAGGCUAGGAAGCUUCAUGAUCCUGGACAAGCCGCUAAAGCCACUUCAUGAAUGGCGUAGCCUCAAGGAGUUGUAUGAAGCCACAACUUUUACCAUCAACUUCACUAAUUUUUUCUCAACUAGGAGACAGAUUAACACAUACAUAGAGAACCAAACCUAUGGGAAAAUUAGAGAAUUUCUUCGAGACUUCAAUAAGGACACUGCAACGGUGCUCGUGAAUUCUAUAUUUUUUAAAGCCAAAUGGAUGCACCCUUUCAAACACUAUUGGACUAAGAAGCACCUGAGCUCUUCUGUAGACGAGAAGAUCAUCAGGCCCUCUAUGAUGCACCAAAAGGCGCAGCACCGGUUUUUGUAUGAUAAGGAGCUGGCCUGCGUUGUACUCCAGAUGGAAUACACCGAGGAUGUCCUCAUCCUUCUCGUUCUGCCAGAUGAAGGGAAAAUGAGGCAAGUGGAAGACUCUCUGAAGCCAGAGACCCUGAAGAAAUGGAACAAAUUACUAAUGCCCAGUCUGCUUAAUUUACAUCUGCCAAAGUUUUCGAUUUCUGGGGCAUAUAACCUGGAAGAAAUACUUCCCAAAAUGGGUUUUUCCAGUGUAUUCACUCCAGAAGUCAAACUAUCCAACAUCACUGAACAACCACACCUGACAGUGUCAAAGUUGCUGCACCGAGUUGCGGUGGACAUGAAUGAGAAAGGCACCAAGGCUGCAGCCACCUCCACCUUUCUAUCCCGACCUGAGACCCUGAACCAAGCAUCUCCACUGACUGUUCAUUUUGACAGGCCCUUCCUACUGCUGAUCUGGGAAGUGUCUGCCCAGAGUUUGCUUUUCCUUGGAAAAAUUAUAACCCCAACUGCAAGUUAACUCUGGUAAGAGAUAGGGCAACGGGAGCAUUUUCAGAAAAGUCACUGCUUUUUUUAAUCUCUGGCUUUGCUGCGUGAAGUAGGAGGGGUGAAAUAUCUCAAUCGUGGAUGAUAUCAGCAACAGUCAUAAUAAAAAUUAUUUGGAAGUUU